AUGGAUACAGGUCCGAAACAGAAAAGAAAGAUAAAUCCCAGAUAUAAAGCGAACCUCUUUUCAAUACUAACCUUUGGAUGGACCUUCGAGACAUUUAUGCUUGGUUACAGCCGAGAUAUUCUGGAAAACGAUCUGUACGCCCCCUUACCAGAACAUCGUUCCGAUUUAUUAGGAGAUGCUAUACAAAAUGCUUGGGAAGUAGAGGUAGAGAAAUCUCGGUCUCGUAACAAUGAGAGACCAAGUUUAAGGAAGGCAUUAACGAAAGUAUUUGGUUCAGAACUCAUGUUGUAUGGCCUUAUUUUGGCAGCUAUGGAAUUUUUAAUAAGGUUGCAGCAGCCACUCUUUCUAGGUUUACUACUACGUUACUACAGCCCUAUUGAAGAAACGUCCAAUGUCACAUCAAAUGCAACGUAUUUCCUUCGACUUUUCAAAUAUUACGAUAUUACAACCGGAAUUUCAUACGGAGAGGCUGUGUUUUUCUCAUUCGGAGUUAUAUUUGCGAGUUUGAUAAACAUUAUCGUUCAGCAUCCGUUCAUGAUGGGUGUCAUGCAUAUAGGGAUGAAAAUGCGUGUAGGAAUAUGUAGUCUUAUUUACAGGAAGGCUUUAAAAGUAAAUCUGCAAGCUAUGUCUGAGAACAGAGGUGGGCUGGUGGUAAAUCUCUUAGCAAACGAUGUCAAUAGGUUUGAUUCGGGACCUUUAUUUAUUCACUAUCUCUGGAUAGGUCCUAUUGAAACUUUACUGAUAACUUUUUACUUAUACCGAGAAAUGGGAGUCUCUGCGGUUUACGGCGCGUUAAUGGUUGUAGCUGUUGUUCCAUUUCAAAUAUUUUUGGGCACCAGAACCUCUUAUUAUAGGAGAAAAACAGCUUUGAAGUCGGAUGAAAGGGUUAGACUUAUGGAAGAAAUUAUUAUGGGUGUUGAGGUCAUAAAAAUGUAUACAUGGGAGACACCGUUCCGAAAAAUUAUUGAUACUGUGAGGAGACAAGAAGUUUAUUUCAUUAAGAUGACUUCCUACAUCCGUGGAGUGAUCAUGUCUUUCAUUAUGUUCACUGCUCGGUUUAGCAUCUUCAUCACGGUGCUGCUGUACGUCCUCUCAGUCAAACGGAUCACUGUUGAGAACGUGUUCUUCCUGACUUGCUAUUACAACAUUUUGAAACAAACUAUGACACUCUUCUUUCCUCAGGCUGUCGGACAAAUCGCAGAAAUGAAUGUGGCUAUACAGAGGAUAAAUGACUUCUUACUGUCUGAAGAAUGUCAACUGCCUCCCAGGGAACAUAUUGGUUUUACCAAUCAGUUUCAACAAAAACCGAAAAAGCACGUGAGGAUAUCGCUUAAACCCAUAAGUUCCCCUGUAAAACAUUCACCAAGAAUCGAACCAAGUACAUCGGAAACGAAGGAUCCGGAUACUCCAAAAGGAGGUGAAAUUCAUAAAGAUAAAGUUGUCGUUAAAUUUGACAAAGCCUGCAGCCGUUGGCUUAAAACCUCGGAAAAGGAUGAUGUUGAAGAUAUAUCAUUUGAAAUAUAUGAAGAAUCUCUUACUACAAUAGUAGGGUCAGUAGGUUCAGGAAAAUCAACAUUAUUGUUGAUGAUGCUGUGUGAAUUACCUUGUUCUACAGGAAGUAUGGAUAUUACUGGAAGCGUUAGUUAUGCUAGCCAGGAUCCUUGGCUCUUUAUUGGAUCAGUUCGUCAAAAUAUUCUAUUCGGACAACCGUUCAUCAAGUCCCGAUACAUGGAAGUGUGUAAGGUUUGCGCCCUUGAAAGGGACAUUUCACUGUUUCCUCAUGGGGACAAAACGAUCGUCGGUGAGCGAGGAGUGUCUCUCAGCGGAGGCCAACGCGCAAGAAUAAAUUUAGCAAGGGCAGUUUAUAAAGAAGCUGACAUUUAUUUGUUAGAUGAUCCAUUAUCAGCUGUAGAUACACAAGUGGCGAGACAUAUAUUUGAGAACUGUAUUAAAAGAUAUCUGGGGAACAAGACUGUUGUUCUCGUGACCCAUCAGCUUCAAUUUAUCAAAGCGGUAGAUCAAAUUGUAAUAUUAGAUAGAGGAAGAGUCGCGGCUGAGGGAACUUAUGAAGAAUUGAGUAUGCAAGACUUACCCAUUAUGCAACUGAUGAAAGAUAAAUCGCAUGAAAUCCGUCAAGAAGACUCAAUGACUUCCACACAAAAAUCAUUGCAACACCCCAGUUCGAUAAGUUUAAAACGAUCUCAUUGGUCGCAUUGGUCAAUUAUAUCCAAUUUCACUGAUCAAAAACAAGAAGCAGAGGCGCAGACAGUCGGUAGAGUGAAGGGUUCAGUUUACAAGGAGUAUUUUCUUGCUGACGCCGCAUGUCCAUUUGUUUCAUCAGUUAUUUUGAUGUUUUUAUUAGCGCAGUUUUUCGCUAGCGCUAGUGAUUAUUGGAUUAGUCGAUGGAGUCACGCUGAAGAUCAUUUAACGGGUGAUCAAACUAUGGACAAUCUGCUGUGGUCUCAGCAUGGCUUGCGGCGAAAGGAUUUUGCUCUUAUAUUCGGUAUUUUGACAGUAGCUACAGUUGCUGUCGCAUUGAUCAGGGCAUUCCUGUUCUUUUCGUUGUGCAUGAAAUCAUCUAUUAAAUUACAUGAUCUCAUGUUUGAAUGCAUAUCCUUGUCGCCGAUGAGUUUCUUCCAUCUCAAUCCGUCAGGGAGGAUUUUAAAUCGCUUCAGUAAGGACAUGGGGUCCGUCGAUGAGUUACUUCCGCAGGCCAUGCUUGAUUGUUUUCAGAUAAUGUUGAACUUGCUCGGCGUUAUUGUGGUAAUAUUGAUGACGGAAAUGGCUCUCCUUAUACCUAUCGCUACCUGUCUUAUCAUAUUUUACAUAUUUCGAUUGAUCUACAUUCGUACUACUGGUGCGAUUAAACGCUUGGAAGGGAUAACUCGCAGUCCGGUAUUUAGCCACGUGAAUGCCACAGUCCAAGGUAUACCAACAAUACGUUCGUUUGGUGCGGGCGCUCUUCUUGCGGGGGAAUUCGAUCGUCAUCAAGAUUUACACAGCGCCGCCUGGUACCUGUUCAUAACUUGCAGCAGAGCCUUCGGAUACUGGCUGGAUGUCGUCUGCCUUUUGUUUAUAGUCUGUGUGACAUUUAGCUGUUUGAUGAAAACCGAUAUCGACGGCAGUAACGUAGGUCUCAUAAUAACACAAUCUAUUUCACUGACUGGAAUAUUCCAAUGGGGUAUGCGACAAUCUGCCGAGAUGGAGAAUCAAAUGACUAGCGUUGAGAGAGUAUUGGAAUACACGAAACUACCGUUGGAAUCUACGGAACCAAAUGUGAAACCUCCAAGCGGUUGGCCAACAGACGGUGAGAUUCAUUUCGACAAUCUCAGCCUGAGAUAUACUCCAGAAGGCAAUACGGUCCUCCAUAGAUUGCAAUUCAAGAUUUUUCCUCGAGAAAAAAUAGGAAUUGUUGGAAGGACGGGAGCUGGGAAGUCUUCAAUAAUUCAGGCGUUGUUUAGACUGGCGUAUCUAGAAGGGACUAUCACCAUCGAUGGGUUGGAUAUAGCGUCCAUUGGUCUCAUGUAUUUGAGACAGAAGAUUUCUAUUAUACCACAAGAACCCGUACUAUUCAGUGGUUCAUUAAGAAAAAACUUAGACCCGUUCGACGAGUUCCCCGACGAAAUGCUACUCGAAGCUUUAGACAAAGUUAAACUUACUACCGAAGAAAAUAGAUUGGACAGUCUGUACAAGCAAGUAUCAGAUUCUGGUUCAAACUUCAGUGUGGGAGAGCGACAACUGGUCUGUCUCGCGAGGGCUAUCAUCAACAACGACAAAAUACUGUUGUUGGACGAAGCGACCGCUAAUGUUGACGCGCAGACCGACGCGCUCAUACAAACAACAAUUAGGGAACAUUUCAGUGCCUGCACUGUACUCACUGUGGCUCAUCGAUUGAAUACUGUUAUAGACUCGGAUAAGAUCUUAGUACUGGACGCGGGUCAUUUGAUGGAGUUCGACCGCCCUUACAUUCUACUACAGAACAAGAAAGGAUACUUCAGAAAAAUGGUCGCUGAAACCGGACCCGCAAUGACGCAGAUGUUACACAAGAUGGCGAGCGAAGUAAUUAGACUGAUUGUUUUAAUAUAA